AAGGCCUUGCCUGCGGCCCUCCUCGACUGCUCUUCGCUGGCGAAGAUGUGGCUGGCCUCGGGCGAUGACUCUCGGGAAGCUGUCGACAGGAUCAUAAGCAGCGAGAUCAAGCGGCUUUUCUGCGUUGGAAGAUCUGUUUCAGGCCUAGAUCUCCUAGCAACCUGCCAGUCACUAGUCAUCCUGCUCACCAUCAUCCUCACGAACCCGGACACAUUUCCGGGCUCUCGGGCCUCUAAUCCUGGAACAGCGAUUCCCAGGAAAGACGAGCAAUCCAAGCUGAUCCUAGAGCUGUGGGAGAUGACAGAGACUCUGGUGCACACGAUAAACGCGGACGGAAACACGCCAUCCUCGUCCCCGGUCCCUCCUGAUGUGCCACUGCAUGUAUCGACAAUCCAGGCUCUAGACACAGAAGUGUCAGCCCUGCAGCUGUCGCCGACAGUCAAGCCAACGAGCCAUGAUCAGGCCAGCCAGGGUUAUCACAACAGCCCGUUCUCCGCCUCAAGUUCACAAAGCUGGCACGCGUGGGCAGUCGCUGCCGCCACAACACGCACAAUCUUCGCCAUGCACGCGCUCGAGCAUGCAUGGUCCAUCAUCCACGGGUUACCCCUCAUGUCAUGCUUCGGCAUGAGCCAGAUGCCGAUGCCUGAGGCCGGGAAACUAUGGCGCGCCCGGAGCCAGGAGGAGUGGGAGCCGCUGUAUGAAGGGUGGCAGCGCCGGUGGUGUGGUUCCGACUGCUCACCGACGACAGGAUCGUUGCCAGCACUGUCUUCCGACAAGGGUGAUGGAGACUUGGUGGUGGAGGAGAGGAGAAGUGACAGCGGCGGCUCUUCGGGGAGCUUCAAGGUCUCCGAGUGGCUCAAUAUCAGGCCGGGUCGCGGGCUGGAUGAGAGAGCGGAGCGGUGGCUUGCAGAGGCAGAUGAGUUUGGGGUCAUGUUGAUGGCUGGCAGUAGGUCUCUCAAUCCUCCGCCCCCUAUUCACUCUGACCUUCUCAACUUUCGAGAUCUGGUUGCUUUUCUCAGCGCUAUCACCCCGUUUGCCAUUGUCUCGACCAGUUUACUGACAAACGCCGAAGUCAGCGCGGUACACGACAUAUAGCCAGUGGCUAGGCCGUCAGCUAAACAGUGCUCGGAUCUCUUGAAAGUAUCCUGGCCGAAAUG